AUGAAGCUCUCUAUUAUCGCCACCUUCUCUCUAUUCCUUUCUCAAUCGGCUGCCUUCGCACCCAUGAUGAGACAACAGCAGCAACAACAACAACAAUCCCUCACACAAAUGAACAUGUUCGGUGGAGCCGGGGAAGGGAGACCAAAGGAAGACAAUCCAGAAGAGGCUGCUCAAAUUGAACAAGCGGCAAAGGCAAUGGGCAUGUCCGUCGAUGAAUACAUGAUCGCCAUGAAUGCACGAAAGCAAUUGGCAGAAACUAUGGACAAGACAAUGAUUUCCGCUGGAAGUGCGGACAAGGUCGAAGUGAAGAGGGAUGUCAAUAACCCACCCAAGACACUUGAAAUUAUCAUCACCGAGGCUGGAAAGGGAUUGGGACCAGAGGCACUUUCCAAAGAGCUGUGCACAAGUUUGAAGUCAGCUUCUGAUGAGGCCAGAAAGGGAAGAGCAGAAGCUCAAAAGACCAUGAUGAACUUUAUUACACAACAACUCAAGUAA